GCAAGUUGCGCUUUUCCGGUUAUCACCUUGGGACGAAGCGGCUCAUGUCACGGUUCCGGAAAAACUUUUGUUUACCUUCACCUUCGGCAUCAUUCGCGCGCGCUUUUAUUAUAGUUAGUCAGUAGUGAAUAAUUCAGCUUUUCCUUUAAACCACUAGAAAUCGUUAGAGGGUGUUGUGCUUUGUUUGUGUUUCGGUGUUGCGCGUGGGUAUCGUUCAGUUUUUCCGGUCGGCUAAUCCCUUGUAAGGUUUGUGGGGCAAAAAUAAUUGAGCGUUAAAGGGCAGCCUAAACAGCCUACAAAAUUUGACAUUUGACGAUGUGGAUAUUCUGCAGGGGAUGAAUUCCACCAGAGGUUAACUGUAGCUGACCAACGAAGUACCGAUUUUUUUUAAUCUAAUCAUUGAAAAGCCAAAGAGAUAGAAAAAGAAAAUAUGAUUUUUUAAAUAUCCAAGACCUAAUACAAAAGUGAUAGUAGAAUACAGAAGAUGUGAUAGAGCUCAAGAAGGUCACCAAGGUUCAACGACUUUUCCAUUCCACGAGCCUCCAGAGAUAUUUCUACUGAACUUUUAGUUGUGCGUAUCAUCAUGCCUUCAAUUUUACUAAAAAUCUUAUAAGUUACGAUUUUUUAAUAUGAUAUAAAGUGUUCGUUCAAUCAUCCCCAAGUUAAAUUGGUUCACCGAAUGAAGAGUGAACACAAGUGUUAGUCAUUUCAAUCACAAUUUGCGUUAAGUGGAAAAAAGGCAGCUCAACUUCGUUACGGCUAUAAAAGUGAUAAGUUUCAAGUCUAUUGAUAAAUCUCGUGGCAUCCUCAGAAAAAUCAUGAAUCACACCUAAAGUGUUCAACUAACCGCCAAUCGGUAUAGUGCAGUGCGACCAACGACGUUUGAUCAUCAUCGAAACAGCGGAAGGCAGAAUUUGUGGCAUUUUUCUGUCGAGCUCCGGGGGAAGUUAUCGCAGUGCCGUUUGGAUGCUUCACGCUGGAUUAAUGGUGCAAAGGCAGCACUUCAAGACGCUCAUGGAAACAAACUCGGGGACCAAUGAAGUUCCCGAGGCAUAUGAAUAUGGAUACGGGAGCAACGGAAGCAAUCCAUACCAUCAGCAGCAGCAAACCUCCCCAACACACAGUCCAACCGGACGGGGGAGUCCUUUGGCUCAGCAAGGGGAUGCCGUCAUGAUCAAAAUAGACGUCCCCAUACCGCUAAGGGAUGAGCAACGGUUUCCGAAAGAAAUAUGGAAAACGUGUGUGGCGUUGUUUGUUCUAGUCUGCAAUUUCUUCCUGGCCACGGUAUCGCUAGCGAUGGUCCACGAUCGAGUACCUGAUCGCGAUCGAUAUGGCCCGCUGCCCGAUGUGGUACUGGAGAACAUACCGCAGCAGGGCUGGGCCCUCGAUGUAAGCGAAAUUCUCAUCAUGGUUGUGGUAAACUCGUGUGUGGUGCUGAUCACUUUCCACAAACACAGGUUCAUAGUGAUGCGACGGAUAUUCCUGCUGAUGUCCAUAUUAUAUUUUAUGCGCUCGAUCACUAUGUACGUGACGGUACUGCCAAUUUCGAACACCAACUACUACUGCAGUCCGAAAGCAAAUGUAACGACCCCGCUGGUGAUCGUGAAGCGCGCCUUCCAGCUCAUUUCCGGCUUCGGGCUGUCGAUCAACGGCAAGCACACCUAUUGCGGGGACUACAUCUACAGUGGCCACACCGUCACGCUGGUGAUGGGUUAUCUGAUUAUCGCCGAGUAUUCGCCAAAGAAGUUUUGGAUCCUACACUGGUUGGCGUGGUGCGCCAGUUUGACCGGGGUGACGAUGGUUCUGCUCGCUCACGGCCACUACACCGUGGACGUGUUAAUUGCGUACUACGUGACGACACGGCUCUUCUGGACCUACCAUACGCUGGCGAAUAACAGUUUACUGUUGAAGCAAAACGGCAACAACUACAUCGGCCGCGAGUGGUGGUUCUUCAUUUUCCGUUAUUUCGAAAAGAACGUGCGAGGUCCGGUACCGCUGCAAUACAACUGUCCAUUCCCCAUCCCGUGGUCCAAGAAAGUGCCAAAGUUGCCGAGUCGGGACAGCUGAUGGCCCAGGGACAUUUCGAGGAGCUGCGACGAACCCAGUAACAGUAACAAUAACAGCACGCAUUGUGUCGACACCACUACAACAUCGAAGCACUAAACACUGUGCACAUAUUUAUUUACAAGAAAAUAAUGGCCUUUAUACCGCCAUCCAAACAACAACGGUUAAUGACGAAUUGACGAGGACCUGCUCCAUGGUCCGGAACCAAGUUACAGCGAAUGAUCAGCGAGGGAAGUUUCUUCAGAUGCCAGGCUUAUACAAAACAAAAAACGAUGUAGCAAAUCCAAACGCAUAAGACUUGAUAAACCUUUUUGUUUAGAGUUUAGAGAGAAAAUUAGGAACAAAAAAUAUGUUAAUAUUAUUUUAAGCUGUAGUGAAAGUUUAGAAACAAUGAAUAGUUUUGUUUUAACUUGGUACAUGUGUCGUAACAGAAACUGAACAUUGCUUUUCUGAAAACUGUCGGUUUGUUGAGAAUAAGUUUAUUUAUGACGUAGUUUUUGAUACACUUAUUACACGAUAGUACCAAUUAAAGUGAACCUGGCUAGUUCUAGUCAGCCUUUAAGAAUUAGUCGUUAAACAUAAGAAUAGAAACAACACAAAAUAUAACUACCGAAUCCCCCCGAUGAAAAAAUUAACUGUGGCAAAAACAAAACUAUCAGAAACUGCCUUCUACUUCAUCCACCUUGAUUUAUACAAAUUGGCAACUGUAAAAAAAAGUCAAGAACAUAAGGUCAAAAUUAAUAACAAUCCUUUAAGAUUUGAACUGAUUCGAGUAGGUUUUUACUUUCAUGUAGUAGUAAUAGAGAAAUUGGAGAUAAACCUAAAUAAUUUGUUCCAAAGAUCAAACAUUCGUGACGUGAAAUUGUUUUUAAUUUUUGCUAAACUUCAUAAACUACCUAGGUACCUACCUAUUACCUGAUAAUGAUCUAGAGAUUGCCAAAAUUACCAGCUUGGGAUUGGAGUCCGAAAAAAAACGGUUCGCAUCAGUCCUUAGCUGGUGUGAAAUUUGUUUUUUUAACCAAAUGUACCAGUUAUUCUUUGGAGUGCCUUAGAGAGGAUAAAUCGGCGGCUAUAAGACAAUAUUGUGAACAAUUACCUAUAUGGAAUAAAAUUU